AUCUUACCUAUGAAAAAUAAAAAAUAAAAAUACUAGAAACGAGUUACCAUCUACCAACUGAAAAUCCAUCACUCUACUCACUACUCAGUAGAGUCUACUGAAAUAAAGCCGUCGCUCAACUUCAUCUCUCUCUUCUAUUUCGAUUGCCCCUCUCUCCUCUAAUUCAACUUAAAAACCACCAUGACAUUAAUCUAGGGAUUUCAUAUGCGAUAGUUUAGUAAUUUCAUACGCUAUUAUCACUUCAUCAAGAUCUUCCAUCAACCGAUAUUAUUUCGUCAAUUUUGCUUGCGAUUAUCAGUCAACAUAUAUCUCGAAGUUUCAGAAACUACAUAAGAAACUAAGGUCCUAGCAGAAACUAUGGCAAAGCAUCAUCCUGAUCUUAUCAUGUGCCGGAAACAGCCAGGCAUUGCAAUUGGACGUUUGUGUGAGAAAUGUGAUGGAAAAUGUGUAAUUUGUGAUUCAUAUGUCCGUCCAUGCACGCUCGUCCGAGUUUGUGAUGAAUGCAAUUAUGGAUCAUUCCAGGGAAGAUGCGUUAUCUGUGGAGGUGUCGGGAUAUCAGAUGCUUAUUACUGCAAAGAAUGUACCCAACAGGAGAAGGAUAGAGAUGGGUGUCCGAAAAUUGUCAAUCUAGGAAGUGCGAAAACAGAUCUCUUCUAUGAACGGAAGAAAUAUGGUUUCAAGAAAAGAUGAUAUAAGAUUCUAUUUUGUUUCACUUUGCUUCUUUUAGACUGCUAUUUGAGAUUGAAUUUACAAGUUCGUAUUAUCUGGUAACUUCUUCUGGUAAGUAGAGGAGUCACUCUGUAAUUUUGCCUUAUCCAUCAAAGUAGCUGACUUGACAUGUGAAUUUGGAUGGUAGACUUGGAUAUUGUUGUUGUAAAUGUAGGAAAGCUUAGUUCAUUGAGCCGCAGUUUUUGCUGGAUUAUUGGUGAAGAUAUUGAUGAAUAUUGAAUUGUUCUGGGCAUAUAUUUGCCAAUUG